AUGUCUCAAUCCCCUUCACCGUCUCUCCGGAAGAGAGGCGGAAAGAAGGAGGCAUCUCCUGGACCCUCAGAGGUCUCCUCGCCGUAUCCCACCAACCAGGGUGCAACCCCCAAGCCUCAGUCAGAAUGGGAUUAUAGGCUGGCCAUAACGGUUCUGACUGUGCUGGCAUUCAUCACCCGGUUCUAUAGGAUCUCAUACCCCGAUGAAGUUGUCUUCGACGAGGUGCACUUCGGAAAGCUUCUCUUCGCGGCAGUGGGCUGGCUCAUCGGCUAUGAUGGCCAUUUCUUGUUCGAGAACAUUGGCGACUCGUACAUCGAUAACAAAGUCCCCUAUGUCGCUUUUCGCGCCUUACCCGCAACCCUCGGCGCACUAACAGUCCCCGUAGUUUUCUUGAUCAUGUGGGAAUCGGGAUACUCUUUGCCAGCCUGCGUUCUGGCCGCUGGUCUUGUGUUGUUUGACAAUGCGCACAUUGGUGAGGACAGGUUGAUCCUUCUGGAUGCCACCUUGGUCAUCACAAUGGCUCUGAGCAUUCUGUGCUACGUUCGCUUCUACAAGCUUCGCCAUGAACCUUUCGGCCGGAAGUGGUGGAAGUGGCUGCUGCUGACCGGUGUGUCUCUCAGCUGCGUCAUCUCUACGAAGUACGUGGGUGUUUUCACCUUCGUGACCAUCGGUGCUGCGGUCAUGGUUGACUUGUGGAAUUUGCUGGAUAUCCGCCGUCCUGCCGGCGCUCUGAGCAUGAUGGAGUGGACCAAGCACUUCGCAGCUCGUGGCUUCGCCCUCAUCGUGGUGCCUUUCUUCUUCUAUCUGUUCUGGUUCCAGGUCCAUUUCGCCAUUUUGACUCGCUCUGGUCCCGGUGACGACUUUAUGACCCCCGAAUUCCAGGAAACCCUCAGCGACAACGCCCUGGCUGCUGAGUCUAUCGGAAUCCAGUACUAUGAUGCAAUCACCAUUCGGCAUAAGGACACCAAGGUCUUCUUGCACAGUCAUUGGGAACGGUACCCGCUUCGCUAUGACGAUGGACGUAUUUCCAGCCAGGGCCAGCAGGUGACGGGAUACCCAUUCAAUGAUACGAACAACCAAUGGCAGAUUCUUCCCACUGUGCCCCUGGAAGACAAUGAGGGCCAGGGCCACAGCGUGAGGAAUGGCGAUCUCGUCCAGCUGCUUCACUUGGGUACCGACUCGAUCCUGCUGACCCAUGACGUUGCUUCCCCCUUUUAUCCGACCAACCAGGAAUUCACGACUGUGACCAAGGAUGUGGCCAGUGGUGAGAGACAUAACGAAACCUUGUUCGAAAUCAAGAUUGAGAACGGCAAGGCCGGUCAGGAGUUCAGAACUCUGUCGAGUCACUUUAAACUGAUCCAUUAUCCCACCCGAGUGGCCAUGUGGACACACACAACUCCUUUACCCGAGUGGGGCUUCAAGCAAGCCGAAAUUAAUGGUAACAAGAACGUCCUUCAGACCAGCAAUCUGUGGUACGCCGAAUCAAUCGAGUCGCUGGAGGAAGACAGCCCUCGCAAGCAGAAGGAAGAACGCAAAGUGAAACAGCUGCCCUUCCUUCGGAAGUAUCUGGAACUUCAGCGCGCCAUGUUCUUCCACAACAAUGCCUUAACCAGCAGCCACCCCUACGCGAGUGAGCCUUUCCAGUGGCCCUUCCUUUUGCGGGGUGUUAGCUUCUGGACCAAGAAUGAUACCCGUGAACAAAUUUAUUUCUUGGGUAACCCGAUCGGGUGGUGGAUUGCCAGCAGUCUGCUGGCUGUUUUCGCUGGUGUGAUUGGUGCCGACCAGCUGUCUCUCCGCCGUGGAGUUGACGCCGUUGAAGAAAUUUGGGGACCCGGUGCCCGUUCCCGCCUAUACAACAGCACCGGCUUCUUGUUCCUCUGCUGGGGAGCCCACUACUUCCCCUUCUGGUUGAUGGGCCGUCAGCGGUUCUUGCAUCACUACCUUCCUGCUCACCUUGCCUCCUGUCUUGUGACAGGCGCCCUGAUUGAGUUCAUUUUCAACCUCCAGCCGGUCCAAGCUGUUACCGAUAGCGAGGUUGACCCAUCGGGCAAGUCUAAGUCUAUUCGUCCCCGUCAUUUUGUUACGGCCAAGGAACGCAUGAGCCGCAAGUCCCUCGUUGCGUGCUGGAUCGCCACCCUUUCUAUUCUGGCCGUCACCGUUUGGGGAUUCUGGUUCUAUGCUCCUUUGACUUACGGUACUCCGGGCUUGGACGUUGCCGGUGUAAACGCACGUCGGUGGUUGGGUUAUGACCUGCACUUCGCCAAAUAA